CAGUGAAAUCGCAGAGGGAUUCUGGAGCAGCGGAAAUUAAACCCAAAAUGAACUGGGGAUCCACUCUAAUUUCGUCGUUCGGGGUAAUGUGCAUUUGUAGUUUAGGGAUAUGGAUUUUGAACAACUUUUUGAUGGAAGAAAUUACGGGCUUGCGAUCCGAACUGGACCGGCUCUCGUCCAAACUACGAGAGUCAGAAGAGAAAUUGAACUCGAUAACAUCGCAGCAGAGUAAACUUGAAAAAACCUUAAAUUCUCUCAACUCGGCCGAAAAGGAGAUCGGCAAACUCCGUGAGGGAGUGGCCAGUUUGGCCGAAGAUGUCGGAAAGUUUCAUUCGAUGAUGAUCGCCAUAGAACCAGUCAGCGGCCAAGUGAAAACGAUGGAUGAGAAACUGGCUGGACUUUCGUCAGCUUUUCAGUUCCUUGGACCAAGGCUCACAGACAUGGACCAAAGUAUGGAGAAUUUAGAAAAAUGUUUCCAUUGCCCCUGUGAUUUUGAUCGCAUCGUGGAUUCGUGCUACUUCAUCCAAAGAAAUAAACUGUUGGUGGACUUCGAGGAGGCAUCUAAAAUUUGCCAGUCGAAGAAUGCCUCUCUGGUGACGAUAAACUCUAAUGGAGAAUUCAACGCCAUUCGAGAUUUUCUCAUACAAAUAUUCAAUUCCCAGUUGUACAGCACGGAUCACGGUUGGCUGACCGGAGCGCGUCGCGUAAACGGGGUUCUCACGUGGACAGCUACCAAGAUGCCGCUAGAUGCCUCCGCCAUCGUCUGGGGUGCCAACGAGCCUAGCAACGAGGAGUGUGUGACGUUCUUCCCUACGCUUGGUCGCAAUAUGAACCUAGCUGAUAUAAGCUGCGAGAAAAUGCAAAGACAAUUCAUUUGUGAACUUUAAGAUGAGGUUCAUGUAAUUAGUAUGAAGUGCCAUUUUUUGUUUAAAAUUUGUAGGGUAAUCAUUUUUUUUAAUUGAGGCGGGCGGCUUUGUCUUUUGAAGUGAAGGCAUUAGUGAAUGAGGCUGUGUUGCAACUCAUAAGUAGAAAUUUCCCAUCUCUAGUUGUCAUUUUUAGACGAAUAUAAGAUAAAGUAGGUUAUGUUACUUGAUUUUAAUUUAUUAACAUAAUGAUAUGAAAGCUUUUAUUAAUCAUGGAUGACCUGUUAAUUGCUCACGUCCUCCAAACAUAAUGGUAUUAUAAACUUACUGCGCAUGCUCCGUUCUUUUUUUCAAUCACGCAUUGUAUCGCUGCCACUUGUGGACAAUUGCGUACAAAUCACGUAGUGUCCAGCGACACAAUGACCUCCUCUCGGCGGUAUUACGGUUCAUAUAACUACGUUUAAGUUCACGCCAUAACAAACGCCAUAAGAACUGCUCAUUGGAUGUCAUAGAUGUGUUUGGCUGACAUGUUUAAUGGGUGUAUUGAACGAGUUUUUUUCCUUGAGUCAACCGAGUCGGUUAUGACCGUUGCACAACCUAAGUUCGUUGGACAGCAAUUGUUUUCCAGUAUGAUGCAUGUACACAUCUGUUCGUCACUUGUGGAAAAGCUCGUCAUCAACUUGCCAAAAGUCGGUGUUUUUUUUAUACCGGCAUUCUGGUUUCCUCCAAACCGUAAAACCAACUGUCAUAGUAUAAGAGAAAACUUCUUGAGCACCGGUAUGGCGUUAAACAACACUCAAAUGAAUAUAUAAAUUAAAACUGUUGAGUAUUUAUCAGGAGCAAGACAAAAUAAAUUUGCGUACGAUAUUGUAAAAAGUGCUGUUAGAUACAUGGUGACUCAGUGAUUGGAUACUGUUAGUUACAUGGUGACUCAGUGAUAGGAUACUAUUAGUUGCAUGGUGACUCAGUAAUAGGAUACUGUUAUAUCUUUCUGGGCAGUACAACACGGAUAAGGACCAUUCAUAACUGUGAAUUCGCGGGUAUACCGUGUCUACAUGAUCAUUCUGUUGAUGUUGUUGAAGGAGCAUUAAGGCGGUAAAGUGCAAGGGCAAGGUCAUGUAUUAUGUGUAAAACUGAACUAAGAGAUCUCGUGACUGAUUUUGUGAGCUUGGGAGAAAAACAAUAUCAGUUAUGCAAAAAUAAUUUUUCAGAGCCAGGAGAGUUUGUACCAAGAAUUUGGAUAGAGUAUUGUAGAUAUGUAGUGGUAAAUACAAGUUUACGCCGUGAAACGGUGUAAGACUUAAAAAAAAAGCAAAAAAACAAUAAUUUACAUAUAUUUAAUUAUGUAUACAUAGUGAACAAUAAAGGAUAUUUUUAUUUUUAUUUACA